AUGUCAUCCGGUAAAUCUCUCAUGACCUUAAAGGCAAAUUUAAAUCAAAACGGAAUCACUUCUCGAAAGCAUUCCCGGAUUUCCGUUAUUUCCGGAAUCUCGCGUUUUUCUUCCAGCCUUUCCAUAUGUUCGCAACGAAGUUACCGCAAAAUAGAUUCAUUGAUGAAUGAACAAUAUGAAAUGAUCCUUGCACCACUUUUUACAUAUAUGCGUCUACUUGGAUUAACUUCCUACUCAGAAAAUCAUUCAUGGCAGUAUCCAUUGAUAAUCUAUAAUAUUAUUAUUAUGAUAAUUAUGAACGGUUAUUCGGCUUUUAUUAUAACAAGCAUAGAAUUCACUGAACUUAAUGUUAAUUUUGCAUUUACUAUCAUUCAUGCAUGUUAUCUUGCAAACGGUGGAAUUUGUUCAUUAUUUCUUUUUUGGAUGAGAAAAAGUUUUAAUCGAUUAAUUAAAAUUGUUGUACAACAGAUAGCUGCAUAUGAUCCCAAUUUCCAACAUGCUAAACGACUUCAUCGAAUGUGCAAAAUAAUGGUUGGGUUGACAAUUUUUUGGGGUAUUAUAGCCGUUAUUACUACUGCUGUUACUCAUAAAAAAAUAAUUAAAAAUGAAAGUAAUGAUCUGUGGAAUAUUGUAAAAAUGAUUAUUCAUCAUUAUGUGGCAUUUUUGACGCAAUCGGCGUUAAUAAGUUGGUCCGUGUUUUUUGCCUUUCCGUGUUACAUUCUUGCAGCAUGCAUUGAUGCAUUUAUUGAUGACAUGCAUCAUGAUGGCAUACUUAGAGAUCAUAAGUAA